CCGCCGCGCGAACUCAAAAUCCGGAAGUGGAUAACGAUGUCGGACAGAUUUCAGUUUCCACGUCGAUAUGCCAAAAGAGAAACUGUUAAAAGACCUUUUCAGAUAGUCAAGACGUGGUUGACACCAAAUCUGGGAGAUGUUGAUGAGUCAAACCCUAGCACAGCUGAUGCAGAUGAUACAAUACAGCCUGAACUCCAUGAAUCCUCCAGUCCAGAUGGUGGGGAGCUUGAGUUUACAGCAGGUUCCGAACCAGCUGAUGCCCCCAUCCGUCCUUGUCCGUCCUCAGAGACAACACCAAGCCAGGAAGGACUACAGGAAGUCAGCAUAGCAGAACCUGGGGCAACUGUCGAAGAGGCAGAACCACCCCUGAUCCAGGAGACACAACCCGGAACCACCCAAGAAGAGCAGAACCAUGAUGUGCCCACAGAGGAGACAGAACCAGAAGAAGAAGCACCUGUGGUAGUCUGUACCGAGGAGCUCCUGGUUUAUGAUGAUGAAACUGAAAUGCCUUGCAUCCAAGAUGCCCCCAUUUUGGAGCCCCAGACAAUUGAGGAGACUGGAGAAGAAUCUAGCCAGGAAUGUCCUGAAGAAGCUACAAGUCCUGAAACCUGUAUUGAACCAGGGUUGAUGGAUGUGGAGACAGAUGACAGAUUAAAUCAAGAUGAUCGGUGGACUGUGAAGAAUUGGACAGAUGUUGGAAAAACUGAAGAGCAAGGGUCGGAAGAAGUAUUGGAACAGGUGGUAGAACCAACAAGUCCUCUUGCUGUCAGUGAUGUGCACUGUGAUGUUGCAGUCUCUGAACAGAUGCCAGACAUUACUGCCUCAUCCUCUGAGGAGGAAACUGCUGAUCCAGCAAGCUCCGAUGUCAACUGUAACGAGCAAGACAAAUCUGAAUCUCUGUCAUCAGAGAUAUUACCGGAAAACAGACCUACAGAGUCAUCUACAAAAAAUGGGAAGAGAACCCAAAUCCAAAGUUCACCAACAAAGGAAUUCUCAAUUCGGCUUGACAGAGUUGAAGUUGAAAAAUACUUGUCUUCAAGCAAUGGAAAAGGAAGUAGAGAGACCAAGACAGAUAGAGAUUCAGCCUUUCAAGAAAAGUCCAAGACAUCUAAACAGACUGCCCGGGAUAAAGAUGAUAAUGCAUCAGCAUCUGAAGAUGAAGACAGGAUAACGUCAAGUACACAUGUGGACAAAAUACCGAGGGAGAAAAGCCAACUGCAGUCAAAAGCAACAGAGAAAACAAGUGCACCCAAGCCUAAGGGAAAACUGAAAACAGUGUUACCUGUGUAUGCAGAAGAUGAUGUUCCUGGUUCCGAAGAUACAAUGGAUUCUGAAGCAAGUUUCCAGCCCCUGGAUGAUCCGACAACUCUACGCAAAGAUGUUGAAAAGGAGCAGGUAGUGAAAGUAAGUAAACUAAGUCCACUGAUAAAAUCAGCAUCUGUGAGAAAUAGGAAGAAUCCAGCACGGACAGAAAGGGAUAGCAGUUCGCUGGAGUCCGAUAUGUCCAGAGCUGCAUCCCCAGUGGCCAAGAAAAGACCUGCACUUGAUGUCUCCAAACCUAAAUCAGCCAAACAAAGGAAGAAAAGCCCCAAAUCUGAAUCUGCAGCACAACCAGAAACAACAGAAUCGGAUCAACAUAAGCCCAGGAGAAGUGCAAGAGCCCAUACUCUAUCACCAGACAUAGAGUCAUCAACAUCAGAUUCGGGAUCGGGCAGAGUGAAACCACACGGAAAUACAUUGCAUCGAAAACCGUCACCUAAGAAGCUCAAAGCACAAAAAGAUUCAAGUUCUGAAAUUAGUCAAGAGUCGGAAGUGGAUGAAUCAUAUAGACAAAAGAAAUUUAGCCAAGCAAGAUCAGCAAGAUUGAUGGAAAGCAUGCCCACAUUGGAAGAAGCAGUGUCAAGUAGAGGAUCACACUCCCGAGUGUCUAAAGAUGCUGAGUCCGAUAAGAAAGAGGACAAAUUGAAAUCUAGAGGCAGGAAAAAGUAUAGGAGAUCCAAAUCUCUGUCACCAUCUGCUGAUCUGCCUGAGGAAUUGGAGGAAGAAGUCAACUUGAAGUCUAAACGCGGCGAAAAGUAUAGCCGAUCCAAAUCUCUGUCUCCAUCUGCUGAUCUACCGGAAGAUGUAGAGGAAGAAGAUAAUAUGGAACCUACAAGCCGGGAAAGAUAUGACAGAUCAAAGUCCCAGUCUCCUGCUGGACAGGAGGGAGAGGAGGAGGAAGAGGGACAGAGGCUGAGGUCCAUAGACAUAGAUGUCAGUAGGACAUUGCCAGGUAUUCCAAUAGCCAGCUCAGGCGGUGAAGGUGGUGAGGUUACUAAUGAUAGUGACUUUGAUGCAUCGUCUGUGAACACGUCGCUGCAGCUGGAGAUGGAGGAGGCCGAGGUCACGCCCCGAGGUGCCAGACAUGCUGCAGUGUUGACUGGGAGUCUGUGGAAAGGAAAGAAGAUAUCAGCAGUGACCAAACAGGGAAUAACAUCUCGUAAACUCGUGCAGACUACACGAUCAAGGGAGGAAGACACGCCGGGCCUUGUACCCACCUCUCCAUCCCCUGCCAAGAAGAAACUUCAAACAAAAGCUCAGUCUGUAAGGCAAAGAAAACCAUCAACUUCUCAAGUGUCUCACAAGUCUACCUCUGCAAGAAGGAAGAAGGCUGCAAGGAGACGGAAAGUGGACAAUGAUGACAAGGAGGAAAGGCCAAGAGGGCGCUCGGUGUCUGUGUGGAGCACGUGUGACCAGCCGCGGCGAGGGACGGACAUCAUGGACCUGGACAUAGUCCUGGAGUGUCUGCACACAGUGGAGCGGGAGAUGACAUCUGAUGCUGACUCCCGGACGUGUGAGAAGGCCACACAGAAAGUGUGUGCUUAUGUCCAGAAAGAAGUACACAAGUCUAUAUCAUUAGUUCAGCAGAUAAAACAAAGGCAGAACCAGCGUAAGAAGGCUCAAACACGAGUGAAGAACAUGCGUGUCGACCUACAAGAAAAACAAAAGGAUAAAAUCAAACUCAGCUCCAAGCUGAAGAAGCUGCAGGCUGCCAGUGGAAUAGAUAGGGAUCUGAUCAGCAUCAACAGCUGGAUGGACGACUUGGACAAACUCAUGAAGGAGUGGGAUAAGUCCAAGGCUGCACAGAGUAAAUCUCAGAAAUACAAAUGGAUUGGGGAGAUAUCAGAGGAGAUGAAGAACCUGUGCUGACAUCUACACAUGUAUAUAACUUUAUGUAAAUUAUUCAUGAUCCAUCGUCAACAAUAAAACAUCAUUUACAGA